AUGUUCCGCGGAUCCCCACCCAUUCCCGCGCGCUUAUCGCCCCCCACCCAACCUGCGCCAACGCCGCCACCCCCCGCGCGUUCUCCGCCCUCAUCACUCUCUUCUCCCCCGCCCCCAGCAGCAGCGCCGGCUCCACCUCAAGCCAGCAGCGCCGCGCACAGUGCCCCCCGUGGCGCGGAACGGGGCAGGGGGUCGGCAGCAGUUGUGGCGUCUAGAGAGGGGACGCAUGCGACUGGCGAGUGUGCUGCUGCCGCUGCUGCUGCUGGGGCUGCUGGUGAGGCUAUGACGUCCAGAGGCCCGAGCGGAAGGGAGAGGGGCGCGGUGCAUGCGGGAGGCGCAUGCGAAGCAAGCGGGGGGAACGGCGCGGGGCGCGGGCCUGCGGCGGAGAGGAGCAGCGAGGGGAAUAACGGAGGGAAGGGGAGUGAAGCGGCAGUGCAGCGGGGGGCAUUAGUGGCGGCGGAAAGACGGUCGGGAGAGGGGCGAGGUGGGGAGGGGGAGGCGGGAGGCGUGAGGGAGAGCGGCGGGGAAGUUGGAAGAGUGUGCGCGGCGACUGAACAGGCGUGCGGGGGAAGGAGGGGAGGGGCGGUAGCAGCGGGCGGGACGAAAGGCGGCAGUGAGGAGCAAGGGGGUAACGGGGAGGCGGUGUGUAGAGUGGCGUGCGGGGGGGGUGCGAGUGGCGUGGGUGUAAGGCGCGAUGAAGCAGGUCAUGCGACGGCGUCUGUGGCUCGGCUGAUGCUGAUGCAGGAGCUGCAGCAACUGAGCGAUGAGGACGACGAGGAGGAGGGCGAGGGGGAGGGGGAGGAGGACAAGGGCAGCCCAGGCGACGGGAAGACUGAUGUGGCGAUGGGAGCGACCGCGGCAGCAGCAGCAGCAGCAGCAGAAGCGGCAGAGGCGGGAGGAGCAGCAGCGGAAGGGGAUGGCGUUGGCAGCAGGGCGGAGGAGAGGAGCCGUGUGAUGCCGCGCAGCAAGAGCAUGGACACGCGCGGUGAGUGGAGUGCGCAGGACACGCGCGGUGAGUGGAGUGCGCAGGACACGCGCGGUGAGUGGAGUGCGCAGGACACGCGCGGUGAGUGGAGUGCGCAGGGCACGCGCGGUGAGUGGAGUGCGCAGGGCACGCGCGGGGUGAGACAGGCAGGAGGGCAGAGAGAGGUGAAGCUGCGCCUGUCUUCCGCGCACCCGCCCUGCCGCCUCUUCUCCCCUGAGGACCUCGCUGCCGCCACUCUGUCCUUCCACCCUGAGCGCCUGCUGGGGCAGGGCGCGUACGGCCCUGUGUACCGCGGGGAGCUGGACGACGGGGUUGCUGUAGCUGUCAAACGCAUGAAGGCCCGCGCUGCAGCGGGAGCAGCGGGAGCGGUGGGGGUAGCGGGAGGGGCAGGAGCGGGUGAGCAGAAGCGGGAGGAGCGGCGGGGAGGAGGGGGUGUGGUGUGGGAGGCGGAGGGGGAGGAGGAGAGCAGUGGCGUGGAGAGCUUUGAGAGGGAGGUGGAGGUGCUGAGCCGUGUGAAGCACGACCACAUCGUGCAGCUCAUUGGCAAACCCUCACCUGCUGUGUCCUCUUCCGCACCCGACACCUCCGCCCCGCAGCCUCUCCUGUGGCAGCACCGAGUGCGCAUCGCACAUGAGAUCGCAUCCGGGCUGCUGUAUCUGCACCGCAGCCAGCCGCCCAUGAUCCACCGCGACCUCAAGCCCGCCAACGUCCUGCUCUCCGGCCACGACUGCAGCAAGAUAGCCGACGUGGGCAUCGCGUGUGCGCUCGCCAACCCCUUUGCCACGUCUGUCAAGACCCACCGCGUGCGCGGCACCGUGGGGUUCAUCGCCCCAGAAGCCAUUGCUUCGUUCGAGCUCUCGCCUCGGUCUGAUGUGUACUCGUUCAGGAUUCUCCUCCUCAUGCUGCUCACUGGCUUCACCUCCUCUCGCUCUGUCCAUGACAUGCUGGCGCAGGCCACCCCGCCCGGCCGCCCGCGGGACGUGGAAGUUGCUGUCGCACUGUUCACUGCCAGGCUGGAUAAGAGGGCGGGGCGCUGGGAUUUGGGGCUCGCGCGGAGGGUGGUGCGAGUGGGAGUGAGGUGUGUGGAGAGGUGUGCUGAGAUGCGACCUGACCUAGAGGAGGAGGUGGAGCCGGAACUUAGGGAGGUGGCGAGGGAGGCGGUCGGUCAGGCAGGCUGA